AUGGCUCCCCGGCGUGCGGUAUCCUCUGUACCAGCAGGGUACAAGGAGGACAUGUCAAAGGGCAAGAUGCUUCGAUUCGAAGAUUCGCUUCCCAAGUUGCCUGUUCCUACUCUGGAAGAGACCGGACAACGAUACCUCAAAUCAGUACACCCACUGCUCUCCGCGGAAGAGUAUAAGAAGACAGAGAAAGCCGUUUCCGACUUCAUCAAGCCAGGUGGUGAGGGAGAGACGCUUCAGAGGCGUCUGAUUGCCCGAAACGAGGAUCCCAAGACCGAGAAUUGGUUGUACGAAUGGUGGAAUCAGACCGCCUAUCUGACCUACCGUGAUCCCGUUGUUCCAUACGUCAGCUACUUCUACUCAUACCGGGACGAUAGACUACGACGUGCUCCUGCGAAGCGAGCUGCUGCUAUCGCCACUUCGGUGCUGGACUUCAAGAGACAGGUUGAUGACGGAUCCCUCGAGCCGGAAUACCUGCGAAAGGAGCCAAUGGCCAUGAGCUCAUACCAGUAUAUGUUCAACUGCUGCCGUAUCCCCGCUGAUGGCGCCGACUAUCCUCAAAAAUACCCAGCCAAGGAGAACGAACAUAUCAUCGUCAUGCGCAAGAACCAGAUGUUCAAGGUCCCAACCUCGAUCAACGGCCAGCAACUAAACACCUCCGAAUUCCAACAACAAUUCGAGUCUAUUCUCCAGAAAGCCGAGCGAGUUCCCGCCGUUGGAGCCUUGACUUCUGCCAACCGCGACUUCUGGACUGCUGCCCGCAAGAACCUCCUGGCCGCCAGCCCUGCCAACGAAGCUGCUUUGAAGACCAUCGAAGGUGCUUCCUUCAUCAUCUGCCUCGACGAUGCGUCGCCCGUCACUCUCGAGGAGCGUGCUCACGUCUACUGGCACGGCGAUGGCGCCAACCGCUGGUACGACAAACCAUUGAACUUCAUCGUCAACGACAACGGAACAGCCGGUUUCCUAGGCGAACACAGCAUGAUGGACGGUACCCCAACCCACCGUCUAAAUGACUAUGUGAACCAGCUCAUCUUCAGCAACCGUCUCGACUACUCUAACCCAUCCAUUCGCUCUAACCUCCCCGAGCCCCAGCCCAUCUCCUUUGAACUCAACCCUUCCGUUCUCAAGGACAUCUCCACCGCCACCCAAGACUUCCAGACCGUUAUCAACAAGCACGAACUUCGCGUCCAGGCCUUCCAGGCCUACGGUAAGGGCCUCAUCAAGAAGUUCAAAUGCAGCCCAGACGCCUACGUCCAGAUGCUCAUUCAACUCGCAUACUUCAAGAUGUACGGCAAGAACAGACCAACCUACGAAUCCGCCUCCACACGUAAAUACAAACUCGGCCGUACCGAGACCACCCGUUCCGUGUCCGACAACAGCGUAGCCUUCUGUAAGGCCCAAGCUGACCCAUCAGUGUCCCGAGAGGAGUUGGUCAAACUCUUCCGCUCCGCCGUGGCAGCACACUCUAAAUAUACCGCCGAAGCCAGCGUUGGCAAGGGUGUAGACAGACAUCUCUUUGGAUUGAAGAAGUUGAUCCGUGACGGCGAGGCUGUUCCUUCGCUCUUCCAGGACCCAGCAUAUGCGUACAGUGGCUCCUGGUUCCUGAGUACCAGUCAGCUUAGCUCUGAAUACUUCAACGGAUACGGAUGGAGUCAAGUCAUGGAUGAAGGAUUUGGAAUCGCUUAUAUGAUCAACGAGAACAGCAUCCAAUUCAACAUCGUCUGCAAGAAGAUUGGUGCCGAGAGGAUGAGCUUCUACCUUAAUGAAGCCGCCUGUGAAGUUCGAGACAUGUUGAUGCCCGACCUUCUCAAGGAGAGCGAAAAGGCCAAGCUCUAA